GGCGCUUGACGGCGGGAACGUCGCGAAGCGCCCGUGAAGGACGGCGGCGGGCCCGUGAAGAGGGGGGGGGCGGCGGUGCCGGCGGCGCGACAGGAGCGCAGCCAUGCCGUUCUGGGGCCUGCAGAAACAGCUGGGCAUCGAUGUGGACAGCUGGCUGUUGCGGCAGAGCAUGCCGCAGCCGCACGGCCAGGCCGCGCUGUGCCACGCCUUCGAGCGCGAGUGGGUGGAGUGCGGGCACGGACUGGGCCAGACCCGCGCCCGCCGCGAGUGCCAGCUCGAGUACGAGGAUUUCAUGGAGUGCAUGAAGCGCACCAAGCUGGCCAAACGGCUCCAGAUCAUCCUGGAGCAGCGGGACAAGAUGAUCAAGGAAGGGAAGUACACACCCCCCGACUACCACAUGGGCAAGGAGGAGCCCAGGCCGUGAUUCCCACUGGAAUUCCUCUUGGAAGAAAACCCCCAGAGCACGGGGCAGGAGCCCUGCUGUGGCUGGAGGGGAACAACCUCAGGUGGAGCAGUAAAUAUCCCUUUGGAAUGUC